AUGUCACAACCUGUCCAACGUGCUGCUACAAGAUCGUUCAUUCAAAAAUACAUCAACAAGGAGACUUUGAAGUACGUCUUUACUACACAUUUUUGGGGACCAGUAUCAAACUUUGGGAUACCCAUUGCGGCUCUUUAUGACUUGAAGAAGGAUCCAACUGUUAUUUCAGGACCGAUGACUGGAGCGCUAGUGUUAUAUUCGGCUGUUUUCAUGAAAUAUGCUCUGGCAGUAACUCCAACCAACUACUUGUUAUUUGGAUGCCACUUAGUUAAUGAGAUGGCACAAUUGGGCCAGGGUUACAGAUUUUUGAGUUACAACUACUUGAGUUCAGAUGAAGAGAAAAAGAGUAUUGAGAAGAAAUGGGCCAUUAAUGAUAAGGAAGAAUAG